CGGGUUUCGAUUAGCCACCCUGUUUGUGUUGUAUACGGAAACUCAGCGCCGAAGAUGUAUAUCGAUGUCCUGGGGAUUACUUUAAGGCUAAUCCGGUUGUUUGUGGUAGUACAAUUAUUCGACUGUUUUAGUUAGAUAGUGGCACACGGUGUUUUUCACAAUACAUGAACAGACCGCGGCACUUAAGCCUCGCGCUGUUUACACCACAGCAGAUGGUGAACCGUUUAGUAACUGUACAGUUACAGUGAUGGAAUCACAAUGCGAGUACUCAAUGUAUUUCCCCGCCGCUCCGAUAUCUAGUCUGUCCGACCCCGCGGACUACGCGUCUCUUCCGCGGCGGAACCACGUCUACCUCGGGGAGGUCGUCCAGUUCCUGCUGGUCCUACGCUCCCGGAACACGGCGGGGAGGAGGGACGACAGCGCCGGCGUUUUGCCCUGGAAGGAGCUGGCUGGCUCUCUGUCCGCUCUGGCAAGCGCGUGCGUCGCCGAGAGCCGCGAGCGGAGACCCGGCGGCGAGUACCAGCCGGACAUCCAGAGCACCAGCAGCGGGGAAGAGGAGUCCGGAGAGAGGGAGUCUGGGGUCGAAAUACCGGAGAGCAGCCGGACUUUCAGUCAGUGCAGCCUGAGUCUCAUUCGCAACAGCUCGGCCGCUGGUGGGCGACAGUCUGGGAGGGAACCGGUGAAGUCUGCUCUGGUGCUGGAGGACCAGGUCAUUUUUAGUCUCACCGUCUCUUUGGACAAGCUGCCGGUCAACACACAAAAAGCCAAGAUCAUAGUGACCAUGUGGAGGCAGGACGGGGAGGUGGAGGUGAGGGAACACGGCUACCUGACUCUUCUGCAGCUCCGGAGUCCGAUGCACACCUUCAGGCAGGACCUCAGCACGUUAAAGGCGCAGGUCAGCACCAUCCUGAAUGUUCUUCCACCUCCCAGUGUCCAAUGUCAGUACAUGGCUGUCUCUGGGAAACACCUGACUGUCCUUAAAGUGUUAAACUGCAGCUCUCAGGAUGAGCUGUGUAUCAGAGAUGUAAAGAUCCUUCCUAACUAUAACUCCUCCUACCUCCCCAUGAUGCCAGACGGCUCAGUUCUCAUCGUCGACAAUGUCUGCCACCAAUCGGCUGAGGUCACCGUGGCAUCGUUCUAUCGGAUGGAUGGCGAGUCGUCGCGCUUACCCAGCACGCUCAGCGCCCUGGAGGAGCAGAACUUCCUGUUCCAGCUGCAGCUACAAGACAAAGCGGAGGAGGACUCCAGCGCGGGUUUGGAAGUCCAGUUGGUGGCUGUGUUACAGUGGUACACUCCGACGCUGCCUUUGACAAGAUACAUCUCCAGUUGUUACUCGUUGCCCAGUAUCCGCUUGGCCCGUCCUCUGCUGGUGAUGACCGCUUCCUGUCCCCGCACAGUCCGUCCUCUGGAGCAUUUCUGGGUGAAAUACACCCUGCUCAACAACUUGCAGGACUUCCUGGCCGUCUGGCUGAUCUGGAAUUCGGACGCUGAGAGAGGAGGCCGGCAGGAUCCCAGGGCCCACCCGGCAGUGGUGUGCCAGUCUCCCCUUAACAACCUGGGACAGUGUAGGAAGGGCGCUACCCUCUCCUUCACCGUGGCCUUCCAGAUCCUCAGGACUGGACUCUUUGAGUUGAGCCAGCACAUGAAACUGAAGCUCCAGUUCACAGCCUCGGUGUCCACUCACCCCGUGGAGCCUUGGUCACCGUUGUCAUCAUCAUCAUCAUCAUCAUCGGGCCCUGCAGCCAGAGAGUUGCUGGAGAGACACAACGCGGGUCGGUCACAGAGCUUCUCCCUCCAGCAGCCGUCCAGGUCAAACCACGUCAGGACUGGCAGCAUGAUGGUGCGCCGGGCCGCCACUCCUACCGUAGGACCUGCGAUUGGCAGACCGCUGCCACCGACCCCCAACCACGCCCUCAUCUCACUGGGAAAAAUAGCAAAGAGAGAGUGUAAAGUGUUGGUGCUGGGACCAAUGCAAGAAGCUCACGGCAGAUGACCUGGAAAAGAAGGUUUGGACUGAAGACACACAGUGUUUGCUCCCUGGCUCUGGGGUCUUCUCCUCUGCCUGAAGACGACAAGAUGGCGGAUGGAGAGAUGGAGGAGCAGAGAGGAAUCCUGAUGGAGCCACAACCAUUCUUCAUUUCAGUGGUUCAUCAUUUCAAUUCUUGUUUUUACACGUCCUUUUAGCCUACAUUUCAUUUUACUCAGCGGGUUAUUGUCAUUGCCGUUCAUUGCUCUGUGAUUUUGUUUAUUUAUAGUUACUAGUAUAUUUAAAAGUUAUAUGUAGGGUAUAAUCAGGAAACCCCAGCUUGCCUGCUUGUGCCUGGUCUGGGAGCACAGAGAAAGCUGGGUGGAACCAGUAGUUUGUAUUUCCUUAGAUCCAUUUUGUGAAGUACUUGUUUGCCAUCAGACCAUCAGUAAGUUUAGAGGAAACUGCUAGCCAUAGCUGCAUCUGAAGAGGGAGCAUAGCAAACGCUAACGUAACAGCUAAUCCUCAUCCCACCUCGCUUAAUUCACUUUAACUGUAAUAUUUAUUGUGAUGCUAAUUUAGGCUGGCUAAAAACAUGUCAAUAACUAAAUGUACUAAUUAACCAACUCCUUCAGGUGUCUUUUAGGUCGACCAAGCGCUCAACAAACCCGAGGUAGCGACGUGUCAAUCACAUGGUAGCCCCGCCCUAAAUGGACCAUGCUGGUGCUGUAUUGAAGAAGACUUGAAACUAGAGAUUGAGACCAUAAACUCAUAUUUACAAUGUUUACUGAGGGA